AUGUUUGGGCGGGUGAUACAAGCGCAGCUGCGCACACCGAAAGGGGAUAUCACCGUGGCCGCCAAGACUGUCCGUUCGGAAGAUUCACAGACCUACCGAGACUUUUACCGAGAAGCCGCCAUCCUAAUUGUCGUACAUGAAGAGAAAGACCACGAUGUUCGAAAUUCAAACAUUGUCCAACUCAUAGGGAUGAUCACCACGUCUAAAGAAAAGUAUAUUCUUCUGGAGUAUUCACCAACAGGAGACCCUUUGUGGGUCCUUCGGCAGUUUAGAGAGGGUGAUGGGGACGACCAGGCUGACCUUCUUGAUCGUUUUCUACGAUACGCAGUGCACGUGACACGGGCGCUAGGAGAACUGGAACGUCUGCGCAUCGUACAUCGUGACGUGGCCGCUCGGAACGUCCUGAUCACGGUGGACGAUGUGGCCAAGCUAGCCGACUUCGGGCUGGCACGAGACGUGUACACCACCGCUGAUUACGUCUCUACGACUCAAGACGGAUGUCACAAACUCCUUCCGCUGAAGUGGAUGGCGCUGGAGUCCAUCGAGACCGGCGAGUACACCUGUCAGAGUGACGCCUGGUCCUUCGGCGUGCUGCUGUGGGAGAUCGCCACGCUGGGGAAAGAUCCGUGCUAUGAUGGCAGAAUUCAGCUGAGCUUUCUACAGAUGGUGGGGAUUUUGAGGCAAGGCAUACGGAUGGAGAGGCCACCGGGAUGUCCAGAGGACCUGUACCGACUGAUGAGGUCGUGUUGGCGCGAGGUUCCAGCUACAAGGCCGACUCCAGAAGGGAUAGAAAAGAGGCUGUUACAACUGCUCCCACAUUAUGUUAUUGAAAUGGAGACUGCCCUUUAG